GGCUGGACUACAAGUCCCGUGAUGCCCCGCGGUGAGGGGUUUGGAGGCGGGGCAGGAAGGAUUCGUCCCGGUAAAUAGAGCCGGAGAAGCAUGAAGCUGUACUGCCUGUCAGGACAUCCAACCUUACCAUGCAACGUACUCAAGUUCAAAUCUACCACCAUCAUGUUGGACUGUGGACUGGACAUGACAUCUACCCUCAAUUUCCUCCCACUGCCCCUGGUUCAGAGCCCCAGGCUGUCCAAACUUCCCGGUUGGGUUUUGAAAGAUGGAAGCACGUUUCUGGACAAGGAACUAAAGGAAUGCUCUGGCCAUGUGUUUGUAGACUCCGUGCCUGAGUUCUGUUUGCCAGAGACUGAGUUGCUUGACCUGUCCACAGUCGAUGUAAUCUUGAUCUCAAACUAUCACUGCAUGAUGGCACUGCCCUACAUCACAGAGAACACAGGAUUCACUGGAACGGUGUAUGCCACCGAGCCCACUGUUCAAAUUGGCAGACUUCUUAUGGAAGAACUGGUGAAUUUCAUUGAACGUGUGCCAAAGGCUCAGUCUGCCUCCAUGUGGAAGAACAAGGAGGUACAGAGGCUGCUGCCAGCUCCUCUGAAGGAUGCAGUGGAGGUGUCUAUGUGGAGGAAGUGCUACACCAUGCCAGAAGUGAACGCUGCGCUCAGUAAGAUCCAGCUGGUGGGGUAUUCCCAGAAAAUUGAGCUGUUUGGUGCUGUGCAGGUCACACCUCUCAGCUCUGGCUAUGCUCUUGGAAGUUCCAAUUGGAUUAUCCAGUCGCACUAUGAAAAGGUUUCCUAUGUUUCAGGAUCUUCUCUACUUACAACACACCCUCAGCCCAUGGACCAGACAUCUCUUAAAAAUAGUGAUGUUCUCAUCCUGACCGGUCUUACGCAAAUCCCUACUGCAAACCCAGAUGGCAUGGUAGGAGAGUUCUGCAGCAACUUGGCUAUGACUGUCCGAAAUGGAGGAAAUGUGCUGGUUCCCUGUUACCCCUCUGGAGUGAUCUAUGAUCUGCUGGAGUGCCUGUAUCAGUAUAUUGACUCUGCCGGCCUCUCCAGUGUGCCUUUUUAUUUCAUCUCCCCUGUUGCCAACAGCUCCCUUGAAUUUUCCCAGAUCUUUGCUGAAUGGUUGUGUCACAACAAACAAACAAAGGUUUAUCUUCCAGAACCUCCUUUUCCCCAUGCUGAGCUCAUUCAGACAAACAAAUUGAAACAUUAUCCCAGCAUCCAUGGAGACUUCAGCAAUGACUUCAAGCAGCCGUGUGUUGUGUUUACUGGACAUCCCUCUCUCAGAUUUGGGGAUGUUGUUCAUUUCAUGGAACUAUGGGGAAAAUCCAACUUGAACACUGUUAUAUUCACAGAACCAGAUUUCUCAUAUCUGGAUGCUCUGGCUCCUUAUCAGCCAUUGGCAAUGAAAUGCGUUUACUGCCCCAUUGACACAAGGCUGAAUUUUAUUCAGGUGUCUAAAUUACUGAAAGAAGUCCAGCCUCUCCACGUAGUCUGCCCGGAGCAGUACACUCAACCACCACCCACCCAAUCUCAUCGCACAGAUCUGAUGAUAGACUGCCAGCCCCCCCCAAUGUCCUACCGCAGAGCAGAGGUGCUGACGCUCCCCUACAAGCGGCGCUACGAGAAGAUUGAAAUCAUGCCUGACCUUGCAGAUUCACUUGUGCCCUUGGAGAUUAAGCCUGGCAUUUCCUUAGCAACAGUUUCUGCCGUGUUGCAUACUAAAGACAACAAGCAUGUGCUGCAGCUCCCUCCAAAGCCUCCGCAGCCUCCUGCCAGUAAGAAGAGAAAGCGAGUGAGUGAUGAUGUGCCAGAGUGUAAACCUUUGAAGCCAUUACUGAGCGGCUCCAUUCCUGUGGACCAGUUUGUGCAGACGCUUGAGAAGCAUGGUUUCAGUGACGUGAAGGUGGAGGACACAGCCAAGGGCCACAUUGUCCUCCUGCAGGAGGCAGAAACCCUCAUUCAGAUCGAGGAGGACUCCACACACAUCAUCUGCGACAACGAUGAACCUUUGAGGGUGAAACUGCGUGACCUGGUUCUCAAAUUCCUGCAGAAAUUUUAGGUCAUGGACAUCAGACAGCUCUGCCAGGAGACUCAGCAGAGCAAAGAGUUUUCCAGAGGGAGAGAGAGAAUUUCCUGAUUCACAGAGACCAGAAACCAUCUUUCCCUUCAUGGAGAAGCAAGGGAGUAUUUUUUUAUUAUCUAUAUGUUUUUACAUGUAAUUUUUAAGCAGUUUUUGAAUACUUCAGAGGGGAUACGUGUGCUGUAAAACUGGGAGUUGGAAUCUUACAGGAGAAUAAAUAAAAUAGUGUCUGCCUACCAGGUCAGGGUGAAAGCGUGUGCAGACGCAGAUGUUUCUCUGUGUGACCCUCUCAGCAAUGUAUGCCCCAGUCCUUUACCUGAGGCAGCUGUGCAAGAAUAUUGAAACAAUGGCCUCAGAUAUUAAGGUAGUCUUUUUCUUCCAACUGCUCCUUCCCAGUUGCCAGACCCAGUUUCCUGUCUGUCCUCCAUUAACAUGGCGCCUGUGUGUUUUGCUGGCUUGAAGAGGAGAGAGAAAGCUGGUAAGGCCGAGGUUGUAAAAGUAAAAAUAGAAAAAAAGGAGGUUCUGCUGGACAUGUAGAAUCGCCUUGAAGCAGUGAGAGCCUGGCCAAUCCUUGCAAAAGCCGAAGGAUUUUGGAAAAGCUGUGUUAGCAAUGUUUAUUGAUGGUGCACCUCACCCAUUAUGACCAGGGUUGUUAUGACGAGGCUCUUCACCAAGACUCACACAACCCAGGUAUCUCCUGGGGGAAGUAGCUCAGGAAGAUCCUUUCAAAAGUGUAUAAAGCACUUAAACUCGUUGUACUCAUGAAGAACCUCUGAGAGUUAAGUGCUUCUUGUUUCUCCCUUCCAAAAAUCCUUCCUUCAGCGCCCACAGUCCCAAAUCCUGGUUGAAAUACUGAGUAGUUUUGUACAAAGCCAUCCGUACCGCAGACCUGGGGAGGCUUUUCACUCCCAGAAUCAUAUAUUUGGGGCCCAAACUUAGUUAAUAGUUCUGCCUUUAAAAGCAAUCAGUUUUUCAGAUUUACUGCUGUUUGUUUUUUUAGUGGAGUGUUUUGUAUUUAUUUGGUGUUAAAAAUAAAAGGCACAGUUCAGACUGCCAAGGAGGAAGAACAUCUUGUGGUUUGUAAAAGCAUCUAUAGGCUCAUCCUGCAUCCGCCUGUGCAUUUAUGUACACGUUUGUAAAAUAUAAUCACUUCUUCAUAGAAUGCCAGGCUGGAAGGGACCUCAAGGACCAUCUGGUCCUUGAUCUAUAGGUGAUCUAUAGCUCAAAUGAGGUGACCUGGCACCCUGUCAAGCUGAGCCUCAGGUGUCCAGUGUAGAGGAAAUGGUUUUAUGGCUUUGGGGAGAUUAAGGCAGGGGAAGAACAGCUCUGUGAUAAAAACUAUUUGCUAUUGCAGUUUCUUUAUUGUGUUUUAUACACAUUAAGGAUUCCCAUUCGCUUGGAUGUGCCGGCUGCAGCAGCCGGACCUUUGCUCUGUGUGUUUGUCACAGGCAUGAGAGAAACAGUCUCGUUAAUGUGAUGAUAAACCUGUGGCAGUGGCACUACUCCUCAACAGAGUUUAUAGUGUUUGCAGUCACUCAGCUUCUUCAUCAUCCCUUGAAAACAGAAUAAAAGAAUUGGACGUAUUUCACCUUGUAUUUAAAUCCCCAAAAAGAUUAUUUUAUUUGUGCAGAGAAGUGGUGGCUGCCCCAUCGCUGCAGGUGUUCAAGGCCAGGUUGGAUGGGGCUCGGAGCAGCCAUUCUGUGAGUAUUCUUAACACUCAGAGGCCAUGUGAGAAUCUUGGUGGAGCAGAGGGAGAAGAAAGGAAGAGUGGGCUGAGAGUACGUGAGGCCUUGAGAGCUUCUUCCUGCUUGUUACCUACCCCAGCGCCAGCAUUGGGCCCUGGUGCUCCAGAGCCAUUGGUCUGUGAAUAUAGAAUCACAGAAUGGUUUGGGUGGGAAGGGACCUUUAAGCCCAUGC